AUACGAUAUUAUAACUAAGUUGAAUCUUAUCAGUAGGUAGGUAUUGCUCAAUAUCACCAGUGAGACUUUGAAAGGCAAUCGUGAGCCUAUAGUUAAUUGUGUAAUUUAGUGAAAGGAGGCAAGAAUUUCUUAAAACUUAAUCAACUCGUGAUGGAGGGAAAAAUAGUCUUUUUUGUUUUCAUAAACUUAUUUGUGAUUGUAUUAACUAAAAGUUUAGUGCAAGUGAUGAUGUUAAGCAGGCAUAACAUUCGAGCACCUUUGACAGGUAAAUUGGAACAUUAUUCGCCAAACUCUUGGCCUGUUUGGAGUUAUAAACCCGGAUACUUAACCGCAAAAGGUGCUUUACUAGAAGAAUAUAUGGGAGAAUACCUAAAUGAUUGGUUAAAAAGGGAAAAGUUGUUAGAUGAAAGCUGUCCAGCUGAGAAUGAAAUACACAUUUACGCAAAUACUAGACAAAGAACAAAAGAAUCCGCGAAAGCCUUUGCUAGAGGUGCGUUCAGGAAUUGCAAUAUUACAGUUCAUGUAAUCAAUUCAGAUGAUAUGGAUCCAGUUUUCAAUCCAAUUAUCCAUAACGCUUCCACGGAGUUAAAAAAUGAAAUAAUUAAAGAAAUGCAGCACAAAUUAGACGAUCUUCAACUACGUGAUGCUUAUUUAGAACUAGAAAACAUCCUGAAUUUAAAAACAUCGCAUACUUGCAAUCACGAAAAUGUGUGUAGUUUUUCAAAUGCUAAGGAUAAUAUAUUUUAUGAAAUUGGACAGGAACCAAACGUUAUAGGACCUUUGGAUCAUGGCAACAGUAUUGUUGAUUCGUUUAUUAUGAGCUACUAUGAAGGAAUGUCUUUAAAUGAAGUUGCUUGGGGAAAGAUCAAAACCCCUGACCAGUGGAAAUCCCUUGCGAAAAUAACCAAAGGAAAUCAAAAUGUACGCUUUAAUAGCACAGUAUUGGCCAGAGAAGUCGCCAGACCAUUAAUCGAAUACAUAGCUUCAUUAAUUUUAAAAGAAAACGCGCCAAAAUUCAGUUUACUGCACGGCCAUGAUUCAAAUAUGAAUUCAGUAAUGGCGGCAAUUGGAUUCAAGGGUUUUGUGUUGCCAGAGCAAUACGAAAUUACUCCUUUAGGGGGAAAAUUAGUCUUUCAGAAAUGGCACGACGAUGAUAAUAACCGUGACUUAUUAAAAGUAGAUUAUGUUUAUCAAAGUAUUAAUCAGUUAAGAGAGGGCACAAAAUUGACUGAAGAAAAUCCUCCCCAAUGGGUGCAACUGGAAAUCAAAGAGUGUCCCAUUGAUAAAAACGGUUUUUGCCCUUGGAAAAAUUUUGUAAAAUUAUUGAGCCAUAUUAGAUGAUGUUAUUUCAAAAUUGAAUAAAGUUAUUACAAUUUAUAAUUAUAAAAAUACAACUGAAGAAAAUAUAUAGGUAUCUACCUAAGGUUUUAACUCAAAUUGUAUUAAAUGAGGAUUUAAUAAAUUGUUAAUAAUUCACAGAA